CAGCCAUCAAAGCCGCCGUACGUCGCUCCUGGCCCCCAGUGGCCGCAGCCCCUUACCUGCACCUCUGAACCUGCACGUGCGCCCCCUUGAGGUCGCCACAGCACACGUGUUCCCUGUGGAGCCGACCGUCUACAUGGCAGGAUUGAAGCGUAAAGCGCAUCAUAAGAGCCGCCUUGGCUGUAAGAAUUGCAAAUUGCGGAAGAUCAAGUGCGAUGAGGCGAAGCCAUCAUGCUCCAACUGCAGGCGACGCCAGGUCGCCUGCGACUUCACGGCAGGAGGCACGCCGCAGCCGAGCCUCUCGCCCUCGGGGCUCAACAUGGCUGAUCUCGAGCUGCUGCACAACUACACAACGACCACCUAUCUCACCCUGGCGGACAACCUGAUCCUGCGCGAAUUCUACAGGACGACGAUUGUGCAGGUCGGAUUCGACUGCGACUACGUGAUGCGGGCGAUCCUCGCCGUGUCUAGCCUGCACCUGGCGCACAAUCGCCGUGACAGGCAGGAUCACUACCACACCCUCGCUAUCAUGCACCAGCAGGCGGCAUCGCAGACCGCGAUGCCGCUGUUGUUGAAUGCCGACCCAGACUCUGCUCGGAAGCUCUUCCUGUUUACCAUCAUGACCAACUACUACGCACUCGGCUGGCGCCAUGCCCCGGGCGACACCCUGUUCCUCGGCAGCGGCACCAGCGGCGGCAGCGGCGCGCCAUCCGAAUUCCCAGAUUGGAUCUACUUCCAGCGCGGGACCAAAGGGCUCAUCGAACUCGCGGGAGUGCCCGAGCAAGGGCCGCUACGGCCGCUCUUCACCUUCGCGGGCGAGCGGUACAUGCUCCGCGAGGUGCCCGAGACGGCGGUGCCGUCGGCCGCGCGGGCACGGCUCGAGGAGCUCGGCAGCGUCAUCGCCUCGCGAUCGCAUGUAGCCGCUGACGCCCGCCUGCGGCACGCGUACGCGCUCGCCAUCGAGGAGCUCAAGAAGUCGUUUCUGCAGGCCGAGCUGCUCCAGCGGGACGGCAGCGGCUACGAAAUGAUGGACGCCUUCAUCUGGGUCUACCUUGUGGCAGACGACCUGCUGCCACUGCUGCGGGUGCCGACAUACGAGGCCGUCGCCGUGUUUGCCUACUUUUGCGUGCUGCUCCACACGCUCGAGGGCCACUGGUGGAUGCAGGGCUGGGCACUGCGCCUCGUCAGCCAGGCCUACGAAAUCCUCGACGAGGAGGGCCGGUUGUGGACCCGCUGGGCCAUGGACGAGGUCGGCUUCAUCCCGCCAACGGCACUUGGGCGCAUGUGAAAUGAUGAAGUGUUUGCAGCAGUUUCUUCUCUCAUUCAAGUUUGGCAUUCCUGCUGCCAUGGGCAUUCAGACAGGCAGACAGGCAGACAGGCAGACAGGCAGACAGGCAGACAGGCAGACAGGCAGACAGGCAG